AUGUUCCUCAUUGUGGUGUCCCUCAGCUGUCUGGUUGUCGCACUCAACGUGGGAGGCCAAGACCUACCUUGGAACUCUUCUGUGGUGAUAGGAUGUUUCGCAGGCGCAGGGGCGAGCUUUCUUGCAUUCAUCACAGUAGAGACGAAAGCAGAGAUGCCUAUUGUACCGGUUGAGCUGUUUUCGACAUGGAAAUGGAGGAAUGUGAGCAUUAUGACCGUUGUGCGAACAUUUUCGUUCUUCCAUCUGUUUGCACUGGCAUUCUAUCUUCCUGUGUUUCUUCAAGUGAUUGGGAUGUCUUCGGUAGUUUCGUCUGCACUGAUCAUUCCGUUCUUGAUCAUGGCAUCAAUCUCCAGUACCGCUACGAGCUGGCUUGCACCUAGAUGGGGUGGCGGGUACGCACUGAAAGCUUUGUUCAUCAUACCUCUGGCAAUCUUGGCUGGUGGUAUGGGACUUAUGUCGACCUUGAACGAAGGCAGUAGCAUCGGACGCAUUGUAGGUUAUUCGUUGAUUUGUGGCGCAGGCUUUGGUUCCGGAACACAGAUGACAAUGGUUAUUGCGCAGAUCGGUCUACCUGACGAUUAUCUGUCAACUGUGACCGCCUUGGUUGGUACCGCACCUACCCUGGGUGGUGUUCUCGGUGUAGCAAUCCUUGGCAAUGUGAUCAACAAUGCUUUUCGUGAUAUGCUCGUCAGGUCACCGUAUCUCUCAGUGAUAACAAGUUUGAACCCAAACUCUGUUGUUGAUACGCUUUCGCGACUUCCUGAGAGCGGGCCAGAGCGACAGACCGUUAUUGAUGCAUAUGUGGGCGCAUGGCAACGGGGGUGUUGGGUUCUCGUCGGGGUUGCAGGGCUGGAGGUGGUUCUGUGCUUGGGUCUCAAAGCUGUCGUGUUUGAUGAAAGGAGGGAAGGAAAACCCGAGGCGGAGAAAAGUCCUGUGGCGGUAUAA